UCAUCCAAAAACUCUGAUACCAGUCCUAUACCCGUCCCCAACGUCCCCGACGCCCUAGAAACUCUCGACUGGUGUAUACCUGCUGGUGGACGUUGAGAAUCGUAUUUACUGUGGCCGUUUGACGCUGCACCUGUCAUUUCUUGAACUCAUACACUCCAACUCUCGUCUUUGCCCCCAUGUUUUUCCCCCGGACUCCCCUCACGCUCCUUGUUUGCCUUACCCUUAUCCUCUCGUUGUCAGAGGCCAAGCUUCAACAACGUGAUCACGUUAAUCUCAAUCGUGUUGUUAAGAAACGUGGUCCUUUACCACAAGUCAACGGUAAUGGAUCACCUUUUGGCCCUGUAGCUGGCGCAGCCGCAAUUCCUAGUUCUUCAACAACGUCAACCUCCGUCACAUCCGUAUCUGUUAGCUCUACUCUAUCAGGCUCUCGUACAGAGAGCGCCAGCUCAACUUCCUCCACCCUUUCGGCUUCCAGUGUCAGCACAAACUCUACGUCGUCGACGAGCCAAUCCACUUCUUCUUCGACGACGACCUCCUCAACAUCCACCAUCGCCACGACGACGUCACAGGUUCUUAACCUUAGCCCAGUCCCCGUUGCUGAGGUUCCUGCUAGCACGGCCAAAUCAACUGUGACUCGUACCCAGUCGGUCGGAGCAGAGAGCACUGGAGUUCCUGCCCUUCAAUCUGGCGCGGCUAAAACCAAAAGCACAACCCUCACCGUUCUCAUCAUCGUCGCGUCAAGCAUUGGUGGUGUCGCCAUCCUGUGGACCAUUUUCCGGAAAUGGAAGCUUGGCCGUUCGUCCAAAUUUGAUGAGCGUCUUCAACCUAUUGACUGGCAACCGACGAAUCCUGACGAAGGCAUUAUACCCUCUCAUCGCCGCGCCCCGUCAUCUGCCUCUUCUUUCCAUUCUGGCUCAGGUCACGGAUCUUCCGCCAACAGAAACGUUGGGUUCGCUAUUCCUGAUCAUGACUUCACUGCUGUCCCAUCGCACUCCGCUCCCAUUGGUGGUUACGCCGAUCUAGCUCGCGGGUCAGCCACCCAACCACCUAUGCAAGAGCAUUUGGCUCGCGGCCCUAGCCUCGCUCCCAAUUAUGAUAUGGGUGUUCCCCUUCAUCAUCAGGUGGGACACGUUAACCACGACCCUUACGACUACAAUGGCGCAGUUAACCCGAGAUACUGAGGAGUCGAAUUUCAUCUCCGCAGUAAUAAGGUAUCAUUGAAUAAUGUAUGGCUUGUGCCAGCAGUCAUUACCCGUUUUUUAUCUCUAUUUUUUUCAUGGUGCCGCUGGA